AUGUUGCAUCUGUUCAACGGGACCAAAGAAUCCAAGAUGCUUAAAUCAAACCUCUUCGACCGUCAGCAGGACAUCCUCAACUUCCUCCUGACAAGCAAGCAAAACUACGCCCUCUACAGCGAGACUCUCCACCGACACAACAUCCGUCACGGAGGGUGCUCCGUCCUGGAAUGGGCCGCGAGGGCAAACAACAUGGCCUUGGCUGUCAAGGCCCUCCAGACCCCCAAAUUUGAGGAGUAUGCCCCGAAGGAGCUGUGGACUAACGUGCUGCAGAUUGCGGUAAGCAACAACAACUUGGACCUGGUCAGGUUGCUGUUUGAGUUGGAAACCGUCCAGACGAGCAUCAAGCAGGCAUCCGACAACAAGCUUGUCACAGGGUUGGAUAUGCCAACCAUAUCCAGCAUUGAGACGCAGUUCCUGAGACCCAUGUUUGACGCCGCAAACAGAGGCAUGCAGGAGGUUGUAGAUCUCUACCUCUCCCACGGGGCUAGCAUACAUCUGUUCGACUGGACCCGGCUGACGGCUCUUCACUAUGCAGUCUCUUCGAACAAACUGGAUCUUGCUAGGCACUUGCUGGACAAUCACGGAGCCAACCCCAACGGCCUUGGCAGCAAAACGCCCAUCAUGACGGCAGCUCGCAACGGCCACGCAAACAUGGUGGAGCUGCUGCUCUCUCGCGGCGCCGACCCCAAUGUCAGUGUCAACGGUGCCCCCUUUAGCCUUGCCCUCAUGGACGCGGUCGUCGAGGGCAACGGAGACGUCGUCAGCGUGCUGCUGAAGGACACCCGCGUCGACCCCAACUCUCGCAACGCCUCAGACGGCCGGGCCGAUCCCACGCAGAGGAACCACGUCAACAGGACUGCCCUGGACUUGAUCAUUGAGCACGACAGGGCGGAAAUGGCACGCAUGAUUCUUGCAGAUGGCCGCGUCGACCCCAACGCCAGGACGCUCAAUAACGAGACUGCCCUGGAGAAUGCUGUACGGAGUGCCAGCCAUGCCAUCGUCCAGCUCCUCCUGGCCGACGAGCGGGUUGACCCCAACAGCACCACACAGAAUGGCAUGACCCCUUUCUUGUUUGCUGCCGAGGCGGGCAGUGACACCUGUCUCAGGAUACUGCUUGCUGACAAGAGAGUCAAGGUCUACGCGAGGAACAAUGACGGCGCCAAUGCCUGGACGAUUGCCUUCCGCCGGCCUGGGAAUCGCAACCCCAGGGUGCUGCUCGAGAGCGGCGUCGUGGACCCAAACGCGUUCGACGGCGACCUCAAGACGCCAGUCAUGCUCGCCGCAUGCUUACCGCCCACUCAUCUGCUAGAGCUCUUUAUUGCAGACGAGAGGGUGGACCUGAACAUGGCUGACGGAAACGGCCACACAGCCCUGAUGCAGGCAGUUCGGCACGACAGGCCAGGGAGCGUUGCUCUGUUGCUCGACUCGGGCCGCGUCCAAGUCAACAUGCAGAGCAAGAACGGGGAGACGGCGCUCAUGAUGGCCGUCAGCCUCAAGAGGGUCUGGAUUGUCCGGCUGCUUCUCGCUUCGCCGCGCAUCGACGUCAACCUGGGAGACUGCAACGGGGUGACGGCCCUGGCCCUGGCCUACGCCAUGACCAACGUCCAGCUGGCCGAGAUGAUUCUCGACACAGGUAAGGUGGAGUUUGGGAAAGCCGCGCGGUUUGAGGCGAGCGAGGCGGUCGAUGCCCGGCUUGUCUCCUUCAGGUCCGAGAUCGAGUCUAGGAGCGCGCGGUAUCUGGAGGCCAUGGUCCAGACGUACGCCAAGGUCGAUCAGCUGAACGCAAAGGACCGAGAUGGACUGACGAUGCUCGAGGCAGCGAUUGAGCUCAAUGACAAGUAUACUGUCGGUCUGUUGCUGGGCACCGGCAAGGUGGAUGUGACGGCCAAGGCGUUGGAGUGCCGAGACGAUACCAUUACACGGAUGAUGCUCGAGUAUCGCGCCAACACUUUCAGCUGA